GAAGUAGUACCUGUGGAACUUUAACAAAGCAGGAAGUGUCUGCUAAUGUAACUGACAGUUUGCUAUCAUGGCGGUUGAUGUAAAAUCCCGAGCUAAACGAUACGAAAAACUUGAUUUCCUCGGAGAGGGUCAGUUUGCAACAGUCUACAAAGCCAGAGAUAAAAUGACUGACACCAUAGUAGCCAUUAAAAAGAUCAAAGUAGGACACCGAACCGAGGCUAAAGAUGGUAUUAACAGGACUGCUCUUAGAGAGAUCAAACUGCUGCAGGAACUUCAUCAUCAAAAUAUUAUUGGGCUGCUUGAUGCCUUUGGACACAAAUCCAACAUCAGUCUGGUGUUUGAUUUCAUGGAAACAGAUCUGGAGGUGAUUAUCAAAGACACCAGCCUUGUCCUGACUCCUGCCAACAUCAAAGCCUACAUCCUCAUGACCCUACAGGGAUUAGAGUACCUGCACCAACAUUGGGUACUACACAGGGAUCUGAAGCCUAAUAAUCUGCUGUUAGAUGGCAAUGGAGUGUUGAAGUUGGCUGAUUUUGGUUUGGCCAAAUCAUUUGGAAGUCCUAACAGAGUCUACACGCAUCAAGUUGUUACCAGGUGGUACCGCUCUCCCGAGCUCCUGUUUGGUGCCAGGAUGUAUGGUGUUGGUGUUGAUAUGUGGGCAGUGGGGUGCAUCCUGGCAGAGUUGCUUCUUCGGAUACCAUUCCUUGCUGGGGACUCAGAUCUUGACCAGCUGACUAAGAUCUUUGAGGCUCUUGGGACACCCACAGAAGAAACAUGGCCUGGAAUGAGCAGUCUACCAGACUAUGUGUCCUUCAAAAUCUUUCCCGGCACACCUCUGGAGCAUAUAUUUAGUGCCGCUGGAGAUGACUUACUAGAGCUGCUACAGGCUCUCUUUACGUUUAACCCCUCCACAAGGACAACAGCUACACAGGCACUGAAGAUGAGGUACUUCAGUAAUCGACCUGGUCCCACUCCAGGUCCUCAACUCCCCCGACCCAACUGUUCAGUGGAGGCUCUGAGGGAGAAGGAAACAGUCGGACUCAAGAGGAAAAUUGAAGGCCUAGAGACAACUGUGAUGAAAAAGAAGCUCAUUUUCUGACCUGCUACAUCCGAUGAUCCAUCUUCAUCCCACCAUACUGACUGGCUCAGCUGUGUCACAUUUCUCAGGAUUCCCUGCUGGAAUGAAAUGAAGAAGUUCAAACCAGUGGAGGAAAGAAAGCUUGGAUGAGCUGGACUUAAAGACACUUUAGCUGUCGCUGUAAUCGCAGUUGAGAAAUAUGUCUAGGGUUGUAUCAAAGCACCCGAGGAGCUGCUGUGAUCAGCAGUAAAUGUUUGAUACAUCAGAGGCUGUUUAUGGUCAGUAGUGUCAGCUUCUUCACUGAAACAAAGACACUCAAGCUCUGGGAGCCUGUUGGAUUAUUUCUAUUUAUGUGGCUAGAAAAGAGAACAACCAAACUAGAACACCUGAUUUAUUUCAUGUAUGUGUAAUUUUAUGUUUUUUGUAUGUAAGACCAAUAAAUGGUACAAGU